GGGGAAAGGCGGCAGAGAGAAGUCGGGCGGAGAGAGGGCAAAGGGAGGGAGGAGGGAGGGCAGCUGUUGGGUGGAGGGAGGGAGGGAAGGUGUCUGGCGAGAGAGAGAGAGAGAGAGAGAGAGAGAGAGAGAGAGAGAGAGAGAGAGAGAGAGAGAGAGAGAGGAGGACGGGAUGGGGGAGAAACAUCAUGAGGAGGACGAAGAGCAUGAGGAAGCGGCAGUGCACAUUGAUCGAAAGACCGUGACGAGGACGAAGAACGACGCGGCUGUUCUUAUCGACCGGCCACCAUCGUUCAUGGCGAAGGCGGAAGAAGAGAUGGAGGAAUCCCGUUCCCCGAUCCCCGUGACGGAUUUGUUUGAGUGGUUGCGAGGGGGAGCGCCAGCCCGAUCGAUGGGAGGAAAGAUAUCGCCCACAAAGGCAGAUGUGGCAACAUUUCUUCCCGCCCUUGCUAUGCUGGCUGUCGACGAUCGGGAUCGCGACCGUCGGGCGGCGAUAAGCGAGGUGAUCGCCGGGGACCCUCGUGUUGCGGUGGUGAUGGAAUACGCCGCACUCGAUUAUUCCCGCGUCAUGGAGGAGGUGGUAAUAGCGGAGGAGUGGAGGAUGAGGAGUGAGAGAGGGCUUGCGGUCGAUGGGGGAGGCGGAGGGGAAGAGAUGGAGUGGGAGGCGGAGGUGGCGAGAAAAGAACUGGAGGAGGGAGUUGGGGAGGAAGGGGUUGUGCUGGGGGGUGUCACACGGGGGGAGGCGGAGGGGAAGGGGGAACUGAUGACAAUGAGGCGACGCUUGGCAAGCUUGGCGAUGGCAGACUACAGCGCCAAAGAGGAGACCGUGGCGUUCGAGAGUGCUAGUAAGUUCUGGAAGGCCGUGAUUUCUAUUGUUGUCUUGCGGCGAUGGGAGAAGGAGAGGCCGAAGGUUGUUGAGGGUGCGGCACAGAUUGGAUCUCGUCUGAUAAUGGGCGGGAGGGAGGGUGUAGGGGAAGGAGGGCUCAUGGACAGUCCCAUUCAUUUCCCUGAACUUCUUUGCUUGUUGCCUGUUGCCGUCAACAGGUGUGCACUUGUCUUAAGCCCUUCCAUCCUUAUCAGAGGAUUGCUGAGGACCAAACAUUGCAGCACAUUGCUAGCAGCAAUAAUGGUCAAUAAUCCAACGAUGAUGAGCUGUACAUUAGCCUUGCUGGCAGCCGCACUAGCAAGUUUAUCCCCCCGGUCGACGUCCUCUUCGGUCGGCGGGAAGAUGAUGGGUGAGCAGCAAAGCGCGCCGCUGCACCGUGCUGGUUCAGGAGCUGCAGGGGCGAGAGGUUACGCCUCCUCUCCUCAGCAUUUGGCUGGGGACACCAGCACGCUCUCUCCUUCGACGGGUAUGUCUACGACGACGAGUAUUUCUUCACCAUCACGUACAACCCAACCGGUGACGUUAUCACAGCGGCGACAGGGUUUUCUGACUCACGGUGCUCCCACCUCUGCACCUCACAAACACUUGUCUUCACCACUGAAUGCGCCUUAUUCUCGUUCACAAUCGCCUCCUUCUAGAAACGUCCGAAAUGGCAACGCUGGUCCUGUGAGUCAGGCUGUCAACGCCACGGUGGGAGAAGCGGAUUGCCAAAAGAUAGCAGAGAAGAUUCUUGAGCUCAUGAUUAGGGUACUUCUGGCGGCUCCGUCGACUGGCAGAGAGGUACGCGAUGCGCUUGUCCGAGAGCGUACUUUGCCUGCGUUAGUGCUGCAUGUGACAACUGAACUGCUGCAUGACGAGCUAGCUUUCCUUUCUGCUCUUCUGUUCGGUUGUGGCGGGUCGGCGUCCGGCGGAUGGCUGUGGUCGUACAUGCGGUACUACCAGAAGCAUCCGGAACCAGCCAGGCACCCUCAUCAUCACCACCUUCAUCAUCAUCAUCUUCAGCAGCAACAACAGCAGGCGCAUCAGAAGAAGCACGAGAUGAUAGGAGCAAUGCUGCCAUCUCUUCGUUCUCCACCGGUUGCUGCAGGGGGUGGGGCAAAGGAAGGCGGCGGUGGUGGCGGGAGCGGGGGUGGUGGUGGGGAGUACUCUUGCCCUGCGAUGAAAGUGAGGGAGCGGUUGCUCGAGGAUGCUAGGAGGGUCUUGACAGAGGAAGGAUGGGGUGGUCGUGCGCACGCCCACCUUCGCCUGUUCUGCACGCUUGUUAGGGCGGCGGAGCUCAGGCCAAUCCAUGAAGAGGCGGUAAUGUGGUUGACGGCGCUGGCCUCUCCGCUUGGACUGGACGUCAAGAGAGCAGCGGCGGGAGGGAGGGAACAACAGGCGGAGGACGCUCGGCAGCACCUGCUGAGGUCCACUACUUUGGGGUCAGGACCACCAAGAACAGCGCCGCUUCUGUCCGGAUCCCCAGGUGGAGCAGGAGCUGCAGCGGGACCCAGAUCGGCUCUCGUAAGGACCAUAGCCAGGCAGGCCGGCGCCAUGGCAAAGGCCGUGGUCGCAGCCGUCACCAAAUCUUCUGCUCUUCCCUCUAUUCCCACCCAGCAGCAGCAGCAGCAGCAGCAACAACAAGGGCAUGCGGACAACAGCUCGUCGUCGUUUGCAUGGCUCAAAGGAAAACAACAGAGCAAUAGAAGCCUAGGAGGUGGAGGGGGACGGGAGAGGACAGGGGCCGUUCAUCAUCCUCAGGCAUCUGAAAGAGCGGGGAGUCAUGACAACGUCAAGCUGCGCACUGUUCAGCUGGGGCUAGCGCUUUUGUGCAUGGUGCCAGGCUUAAAUGCGCCCUCCACGAGACAGUUGCUCCACAGGGCGAUAAGAGUGUUAUUCGGCGGGGGAAUCGAGAGAAAGCCUGACAGCAGGCCACGUGGGCUCACCGGGGCGAAUGCGCCAGUGGGAGCAGGAGGAGGAGGAGGCAUUGGCGGCGGAAUAGCGCUGCCACGAAAACGACAAGUGGAUGGGAUGGAAUUUGCCUCAGAGGGCAGUGGAGCGGGUACAGGAGAAGCAAGGGCGUCUGCUCUGGCAGUUGGAGGGACAAGGGGCGAGGAUAAGGAUGCAAACUCGGGUGGAGGAGGAGUUGGAGGCGCUGGAGGAAGUGGCGGUGGCGGCGGCGGCGGCGGAGGAGGAGGAGGAGGUAAGAAAGGGGGGAUAGAAGGGGUGGCCAGAGUGGGUGUGAAGGUUGAGGAUGGGGAGGAAGAGCAGCAGCGGAAGCGUGAUGAUGGUGCCCGGGAAAUGGGACUCUGGGUGCUUGUUGAGUGCGUGACUCGAAUGUUUCCGAACAUUGCAAGAGCCGUUGAAUCCGCUGUCCUGUGUCCAGGCUACGUUCAGCAGACAGUGAACUUGCGGGAACUGGCAGAUAUGGUGCAAGCGUCGGGUCUGCUCACUGACCAGGCUUUUCUCGUCAGGACUGUGGCGGCACUUCGUCCCGUGGCACCAGUGACCCCUCUGGCACUCGAAAGCCUGCAGCAUCUUCUAGCUGCGGGUCAACUAUUCCGUCUUGGCGUCGACAUCUCUGACGCUGUGUACCAUUACAUGAUUCAUGCCGAAGAGCCGAUCCAUACUUCCUUAGCCAGUCUGAUUCAAGCUUAUGCCGAGGUGACUGUCUCCUUGCCCAGGACAGCUCGCGGAGUGAUGGCGCCAGCCUGUAUCGAACCUCUCCGGCGUACCAUGUUGCUGAGUGCUCUUCGACCUGGGAGUAUGCUAUUGAGGAAGCUCUACUGUCGGUCCUGCUACUCUUCUUCAAAUCUGAAGAAGAGAACGGGGCUGGAGAUGCGGCGAGAAGUCUUCGAGCGAUGGCUCAGUGGCAGUAAGAGUAAGCCUCGUAGUGAUGGCCUUGUCGAAGAAGAGGAAGACAGAAGUGGCGAACACGAUGGCUAUGAAGAUGCCGAAGACGACGACAACGACGAAAUAGGAAGAGCAGGUGAUGACUCGGGGAUUAGCUCUGGGGGGUGGUGCCGUCGGAGCAAGACAGGCGCCAUUGCCUCGGCAGUACUCGCAUCCUAUUACAUUCUUUGCCGGGAGCACGCGGCAAGAAAUGCAGGUGUGGAUGGUGGAGGCUAUGGCAUGUCCACGAAGGGAGGAGUGGGAGAGGAUGAUGUGGAGAGCGAAGGAUGGUGGGCUGGGAUUCUUGUCGAGCUGCCUCUCCAAGAGAUGAUGGAGUAUAUGGAGGAGAAGUGGGAGUCGUACGAAGCCGUGUAUCCACAGUGGCUGGGCCAUGCGUCCUCGCUCCUUCCGGAGAGAUUUCUUCUUCCUUACGUGAUGGCAGAUGAUGAGAGUUUCUCAGACGAAGGGCUCGCUGCUGCCCUAGAUGGAAAUCUCGCCUACUAUGGAGGACGAGGAGCUGGGGUUUGGGCCAAAGAUAUCGGAGCAACAACCACCACCAUUCCUGUCAUUUCCCCCUUCGCCACUGACUGGUGUGGGCAACAACUCUCGGGCAACUUUAUCUGUUCAUCACAGCCGAUACCAUCCAAUGGGUUUCUGAGAAAAAGGCUUUCUUCUUCAGUGGAUUACGGUUCGAGUGGGGCGAGAUCUGGGGAUGGUGACCGGGAUCCCAAUGUGAAGAGCAAACGUCCUCGGCCGCCUGAUAUGCAGCUGCAGCUUUCAGAAGCAAUAUUGUCAGAUGUCAACCGCGGUAACAAGAGAGGGGAGGAGGAGGAGGAGGAGGAGAUGGAGGAGGUUAGCAUCGGAGACGCUUGGGGACAACAACAGUUCUUGGAAAGGGCGGAAAGGGUGGGCAAUGUUUAUAAUAAGCUGACAUGGAGUUUUCAAUCGCCGGCCAAGGGUGCUGCUGUCUUGGAGAAUGCACUCGAUUACCCCUUGCCAGCGUCGGUGCUGAUCGAAGCGCUCUGUGACCAGUCUAACCGUCGUUGUACUCGCGCAAGAGGACAAGCAGGAGGAGAUAGCCUGGAAAUGGAGGCGGCUAUUGUUGUAAGUAUUGUACCGAAAUUGUUAGAACCCAAUUGUCACAGAGGGUUGCAGCUGCUGUUCGAGAGAUGGUGGAAGUCGCUGGCAAGCGAAGUCAGAGCGAGUUUGCUAAAGCUGGUGCUAAGGAAGAUAGGAGCGUUGGAAGGAAGGGGCGGGGUUGCUUUGGUGCCGUUUCGAGAUGGAAACCCAACUGUGGAUCUUGUGGAGAAGGGACGUCCUCCACCUUGUGACGGCAACAUGCGUGGUGAUGGGGCAGGAGGAGAGAGGGGGUUCGCUGGAGUUGUGGAUAGAGGAGAGAUGAUAGGAGUAGGAGGGAGAGGAAGAGGUGGUGGCUCGAUGUCAGUGGGAAAGAGAGGCAGUCGGCAUGCUGAUGAAUGGACAGGGGUGACUGUUGAAUCCGCCAGAUUCAUCCUGGAGUUGCAGAAUGAACCUCUGGUGGUGCUGGCCUGCUGUCCAAAGGUGUUCCGUACGCCUCCCCUCCUUCGCGUGGUGUUGCAAAUGCUCUCUGAGCUGCUUGCGGCAAACAGACGGCUGUGCCUGGCUCCUGCAUCCUCGGACGGGAAUGUUGGGGUCAGCGGGUCUGCGGGACAGCGGGAAAACAGCACCAGUGGGGUAGGCCUGCGGAGGGAGGAGAUAGCCAAUGCCUUGCUUGCUCAAGACAGCGCAGCAGCACAGAUGCUUAUGGAGGCAUGUCUGACAGAUCCCUCUCUAGGAGACGGUGUCCUUCCCGGCCCUCUGCACGAGUCCAGGACGUUGAUCUGCAGCUGGCUGCACCAGGCUUUCCUCGAAAGUCCUUACCUGCUAAAGCUGGUCCAUUUCCAAGGCUAUGACCUCACUCUGGUUCCUGUGCUCGUCUCUGCUGUGCCGUCCAUGGUAAUGUGCUUGGACUUCCUUGUCGAGAUGCUGACUCAACCAUCGAGUCAGCAGGUUGAACUGCUGGCAAUCACCGUAGCCGGUGAGCUGGCUCUCAAGUACCCGAGCCAAAGCAGCCUCGCCAUAGCAGAGCGAGUCGUGUCCCAUAUGGCACGUGUCCGCAAUUCCCGAAUUGCUGGUAAUGCAAGCUUCCUCCACCAGGCGUUGCUCCCACUCGCCAAGUGUGCCUCAGUGCUUCCUGAAGCUGCACCUGCUUAUUCUGUUGCCAUCAAUGAUAUCCAGGCUUGCCUCCAAGCUGGUGCACCCCUUGUUCGGGGAGGUCCUCCCCGGGACCCUCACCUUGAGGAAGCGGCAGUUGGAGCCUUCCGCUAUCUCGUCCGUCAACGACUGUUGAAAGGACAUUUACCACCCCCACUCUCCUGACGUUAGCAUCCACUCUGACGGAACUUGAUGAAUUGCUUUUCACACAUGCCAUUCUAGCUGCCUGUUUGCCUGCCUGGGCACAUCCCCUGCUUGGUGCAGGUCAUGUUGCGUGGCCUGUGAAUGGGCAAGGCCAGAAUCACAGGCUUGUCUUUCUAUAUAACGGUUGCAAUCCAUCCAUGAAGAUAGGGAUAUGUCCAUGUUAUUCUGUGCAUGGCUCCUCCAUCUUCGUAGUGCUUGGAAUGGGGAAACACUUAGAGAAGAUGUAAAUGUUUGGGCGCGUCUCCCUCUCUGCCUACGGUUUACCGGGCAUCUCUGUUUGGCGGCAUAUGCAGCAAGAAAUGAGAGGCUCCAGAAUGGCUUCGCACCCCGAUGAGGAAUGUAUGGUCUGUUUUGUCCUCAAGUUUCCUGUUUCAUGAAGGGGUUGAUUGAAAGCGGUAUGUUUUUUUUUUACCAGAGCGGAGAGAGGCAUGGUCGACCCUAUGACCCAGAGGUGACUGCAAACAAGGGAUCUCAAGGGGGGUGCAGCACUGUUGCUUUAAAGAGUCGCAAAAUGAGAAUCUUCUUUUGGCUCUGUAAGAAAUGUGGCCUUGCAUUUUUCAGAGGUUGGAAUCACAGGAAUGGUUUUCUGACUGCAUUUCAGAUGCAGCUCUGAUGAAGAUCUACCAGAAGGGAAACUAUCGUGUCGAUCUUUGGCAAUUUGGUGGCUCAUAUCUUUUUCAGCAGGACGAGUCGUUGUGCAGGAGCUUUCUUCUCCAGAAUGCUACUACAGAGUUGCUUAGAUUUGUCUCCGAGCUCCGAACGUGUGACUCAUCCAGUUGAUGUUGGUAAUCAACAUCCUUGAGGAUACCCAUGGAGGAAUAUAGGUGUUCACACUCUUGUGCUGGGCUCAUCCCUGUUGUUCGCAAGCUCUUCUUUCUGUCCUGGGUGUUUGUGUUGCCUGAGAUCAACCCCGCGCUGUACGCCCGGUCCAACUUUGUACGCCUGGUACGACCAAAAAGUACAAGGAAGAAAGAAAAAGUCAAACGGAGAGACCUCUUGUCGGUUGCAGGGUAUGGUCACCUGAUGGUCGACUGCUUUCCCAUCCAUGACAACAAUCCAUCAAACAUCCUGAUGGGCAUGAGGCAGUCAUUUUGUCUGCAGGGCAAAUCGCUUUGGAUGUGGGUUUUUGUACCAAGCAUACGCAAACCACUGAAGGCACUCCUUAAAGUCGGUCUUCGGGGGUUUGACAUGGAGUCGAAAUGGAGUCGAAAUUCAAAUUGGAAUUCAACUGGAAUUCAGAGGGGCUUUGUUUAGGGAACUUGCAUUGGGAAUUUGAUUCAAGAGGGAAUCAGAUUUUUGGACUCGAGCUUAGCACUUGGGUUAGUGCUGGGGGAUAAUGUACCCGGCGUUCCAGAUUACGUAUUGAAUGGAGAAUCAUCAAGCACUAUGAGAUUCCCAGCUAUGGUGGCUGAAGGGAAGAGUGGGCGUGCACGGCAUCCCAGAGGACCUCUUUGACUGCAGAAAUGCUAACCACUGUGAUGUCACAGGCUAUGGUUGCUCAAGGGAAGAGCAGGUGUCGUUUCAUUCAUUGCUGUCACCCAUCGAGAUAUGGAGAAUAAGGCUGAGAGAAAGGCAGUCUUUGACAUGGCAUGUGAUGUCACAGGCUAUGGUUGCUCAAGGGAAGAGCAGGUGUGGUUUCAUUCAUUGCUGUCACCCAUCGAGAUAUGGAGAAUAAGGCUGAGAGAAAGGCAGUCUUUGACAUGGCAUGGCCUGGCCUGUGCCUGCUUGACCAUAUGCAUCAGGAGCCAUAGGUGUGGUGUCUUACUUCCUUUCAAGGUGACUGCAAGACUUAGCCAUUGUCUCACACAAGUGGGAAGGGAAGGUCUCAUUUCGAUCGAGGAGGCCAGAAGAAGAGACAGUGCGCUCUUGUUGAUUGGAUGCUCUGUCAGGAGCCGCGACUUAACUCAUGGAUGAAACCUUGGGCGUGAAACUCUUUUUGUAAGCAGCAUAACUUUUUGAGAGUUUUUAAAACUGUGGGCGUGAUUCACGCGCUGGCUGUUUCGGCAAUUGGGGCGUUAUAGAGAUGAGAUGCUGACGAGCUUUCAUCAGUGCUCUGCCCGUAUCGCAUGCCAUGGCCAUGAUGGUGCGCCCUUGGGUAUGGCGCGGAUUCAUCCCGCUCCCUGUCCGUUACGAUGCUUUCGACGAUCGACAACCCUUGGCUCGAACACAUGACUACCUGGGUUAGUGGGAGUGCGAGCUACAACGUGGCAGGGUGAAACCUUUUGUGGGUAGACUCAGAAAGUUAGUUCGCUUAUGUUCAUGUGACUUCCCACGGGCUGUCGUUGGCAGGAGUAAAUUCUUUUUGAGCAGCAGUGCUUCUGGCGUUGCAAGGUGAGAGUUUGUGCCGUCGCUACUUUUCAGCAUGUGCCAGCUAGUUGUUGUGAGUUGUUGGCAAUUGCGUCAAGGCGAAACUCUCCCGAGCAGACUCUGAGAGACCGCAUACUGCGGGCCCGAUUUCCAUAUUCGAGUGGAAGAUUCAUUCCGAUUUUGCUCAUCCUAUCGAUGGAAGUAGCCUCUCUCUCUCUCUCUGGGUGCAUGGCUGGAAGACUCUCUCUCUCUCUCUCUCUCACACACACACACACACACACACACACACACACACAUAUUUCCAUGUUCUAGCGGAGAUUCAUUCGAUUUUGCUCAUACUACGAUGGAAGUAGUGUAAGGCCAGCCGUAGCGUUGGAGACUUACCUGUUGGCUGGUGCGUUGCUCAUUCUAUCGACGGAAAACUCUCUCUCUCUCUCUCUCUCUCUCUCUCUCUCUCUCUCUCUCUCUCUCUCUCUCUUGCGUUUGCGCGGCGGCAUUUGCAUCUGACAGCUCUUUAGUCCACUCUCACACGGGAAUUUCUUUUCAAUGUGUCUGUCCGUGGUGGUGUAUUUUCCUGUGUUCUUGCGGAAUAUUCCUUCUCAUUUUGCACAUUGGCAGGUUGCUCAGUUGAUGACACAUGAAACAGACGUGAGUUCGAAUCCAGCGGCGACCACAAUAAAAUAGUUAUGAUUUA